UUAUUUGCCUUCCAUAUGUAAUCUGCCUUGAUAUAGUUUUAAGUGGAAGUUUGUGGGGGAAAGUGAUUAAAAGAUUAAGAGACUGCACCAUGGGUCGACUUGAUGGGAAGGUCAUCGUUCUGACUGCUGCUGCUCAAGGAAUUGGUCGGGCAGCUGCCUUAGCCUUUGCAAAAGAGGGGGCCAAAGUCAUAGCAACAGAUAUCAAUGAAACCAAACUUCAAGAACUAAAUGGGCAUACAGGCAUUCAAACUCGAGUUCUUGAUGUAACAAAAAAGGAACAAAUUGAUAAAUUCUCGAAGGAAAUUGAGAGGCUUGAUGUCCUUUUUAAUGUUGCUGGAUUUGUCCAUCAUGGAAACAUCCUAGACUGUGAGGAGAAAGACUGGGAUUUCACCAUGAAUCUCAAUGUCCGCAGCAUGUACUUGAUGAUUAAGGCAUUUCUUCCUAAAAUGCUUGCCCAGAAAUCUGGCACCAUUAUCAACAUGUCUUCUGUGGCUUCUAGCAUCAAAGGAGUUGUCAACAGAUGCGUAUACAGCACUUCUAAAGCAGCUGUGAUCGGACUGACAAAAUCGGUGGCUGCCGAUUUCAUCCAACAGGGUAUCAGGUGCAACUGUGUGUGUCCAGGGACUGUUGAUACACCUUCUCUGCAUGACAGAAUCCAGGCUAGCCCAGACCCAAAAAAGGCAAUGGAUGAUUUCUUGAAGAGACAGAAGACUGGAAGAAUGGCAACUGCAGAAGAAGUGGCCCUACUGUGUGUGUACUUGGCCUCUGACGAAUCUGCCUACAUGACUGGUAAUGAUAUCAUCAUCGAUGGAGGCUGGAGCUUGUGAUUUCUGAAUUGUAACCAUGGAAAAGAAGCCCCUUCCUAGUUACACUGAGCUUGGAUGUGAAUUGUAAUUGCUCCAUUGCUAACAAAAUUUAUGUAGUACUUGUUUAAAAAUCAUAUAUUUAGGGGCAGCUAGGUGGCGCAGUGGAUAGAGCACCGGCCCUGGAGUCAGGAGUACCUGAGUUCAAAUCCGGCCUCAGACACAUAAUACUUACUAGCUGUGUGACCCUGGGCAAGUCACUUAACCCCAAUUGCCUCACUAAAAAAAAAAAUAAUAAUAAAAAAAAAUCAUAUAUUUAAAUUUCAUUGCUAAAUGAUACCUUGAAUUUAAUUAGUAAUUUUUAAUCCUCAUGAACAUAAUCUAAGUGAUAGUUAAUAUAGAUUCAAUUUUAAUGUAUUACACAAUUCUGAAAUAUUCUUGGUCUUUUUCUGUCCUCUUUAACUUUUUAGAUACUCAGAAUAAAAUUAUGCUAUGCUCAGUUGUCGUAGUUUUUAAAGUUAUUGUGCCAUUUAAAAAU